AUAGAACACCUAGUCAGAAUUGGAAUCUCAGUGCAUUUAAAGGACAACAUCGAGAGAACAAGUUUUCUUUUACAGUGAAGAAGUUCAGUGACGAUUCAAAAUGUCAAGUUUUUGGUUUAAGAAGAAGAAUGUGCCUUCUUCAGUACCUGUGCCACCUACAGAAAUCGGCUCGAGAACACUAGCAGAGACGCCCCGACCUGAAAAGAAAAAGGAUGGUCUAAGCAGAAUCUUAAAAGGGGUUUUUGGGAGAGAGCAGAGAAUCAUGGGAAUCAUGGUGCAUCCUGCAGCUUUUACAGAAAGCAGCUCAGAAACUCCCAAAGAGACCCUGCAAACUGUCCCUAUGAAAUUGUUAGGGGGGUCCAAGGAGGGGCAAACCUCAAAGAUGACCAAGAAGACCUCAGUUAGCCGCAAUGAGAAAAGCGCAGAAAGGAUGCAGGUCAGUGUGAAGCCAACCUCUGAACUCCCUGGGACAAAAUAUAUAGAGGUCAAAGAGGCUGAUGUGACGAUAAAGUUACAAAACUCAGUGGGGACCAGGAGGAAAAAGACUCUGCCUAGCCAAGAAAGGAAAGCUGCAGAAAGGCAGGAGGAAAGGAAGGAAAUGACCCCAAAUAAAUGGCCAGUACUGGCAGUGGAUAACAGUGAUGAAAAGGCAGCAAUAUAUGACACGGAAUCAGUCGAUGGUCCGUAUUAUCUAGAUAAAGUGUCCAUUCCAGAAGACUCUGAGGAUGGAUUUGAGUAUAAAGAGAUUAGUUCUGAAGAGAUAAGUGUGACUGAAGAAGAAGAUUUGGAAGCUGUGUCUGAAAUUCUGCAUAACAGCACUAAUGACUCUGAGUUUGUACCAGAGUUGACACCAUCCUCAUCCCAGAAACUACGAAGCCCCAUCCCUGAAGUCAUGGACAAUUUUCUUCGUGAUUUUCUCAUGAAAAUGGGAAUGCAUAAAACAUUAGAUUGCUUCCAGACAGAAUGGUUUGAGAUGCUCCACAAAGGCACGCUCAAAACAAACCGGGUGGGAUUCAUCCCUGAUAUAUACACACACAACCAGCUGCUGGACAAUGAGCUGAAAAAUAUCCAAAAAGAGCGAGACAUCUACAAACAGGCUGCCUUUCAAGCCAAAGAAAACAUUGUGAAGCUUCAGAUUGAAUGGGACUUCCAUCAGCUGCACCAUAGGCAUGUCGUGCAAGAGAGGAACAGACUGAUUGAGGACAUUCAAAGACUAAAGGAGCACUACGAGUCUUAUGGCCCUGCUUUGAAACAAUUGAAUGAGAAGUACCAGACAGCUAUGAGGCAGAAGAUGUUAGUAAGUAUUGAGAGGGACAGACUCUUCAGUCAAGUUCAUAACCUAGAUAGCACUCUGCGUAAUUCACACUCCUCCACAGGAACCAACAGGUUUCUGAAAGACAGUGGGUGUAGUCCAGCGCAAGGUACCAAACCAUCAGUUGAUGAAGUGAUGACUUAUGACCCUGCCAAAGACCAAACCAAGAGCACUACUAACAAACAUUCACAAGAUUCAGAGUUCCCAGCAGAUACACGCAUGAAUCCAUUCCUGCCCCAAAUAAAAGCCCUAUCUACUGAAAGCACCAAAAUAUCCGGAUUCUCUGUGACCAAGUCCAUCAAAGCCCACACUAUGGCUGUGAGCUAUCUUGCUCUCCAUCCGCGCAAACUGCUUAUAGCUUCUGCAAGUGAUGAUCACCUUUGGAGGCUUUGGGGGAUGCCAGAAGGGAAGAUGAUCAUGACUGGCGAGGGUCAUACUGACUGGCUCUCUUCCUGUAGCUUCCACCCCAGUGGACACUGUCUGGCCACCACCAGUGGAGACAGCACAGUGAAGAUCUGGGAUUUUGACAAAUCCUGCUGCGUGCUGACCCUGGAAGGCCACACUCAAGCCACCUGGGUAUGCUCCUUCCACUUCUGCGGCGACUUUGUAGCCUCCUGCUCUAUGGACAACACAGCCAAAGUGUGGGACAUAAACAGUGAGCGCUGUCGCUACACUCUGCGGGGCCACGUUGACUCAGUGAACAGUGUCAGCUUUGUGCCCUUCUCUAACAUUCUGCUCACCUGUUCUGCUGAUAAAAGCAUUUCAUUGUGGGAUAUGCGUACUGGACUCUGUGGCCAAACUUUCUAUGGGCACAGGCACUCGUGCAACAGUGCAACCAUUAAUGCCCUGGGAGACACGAUUGCUUCCUGUGAUUCCUAUGGCAUUGUCAAAUUAUGGGACAUAAGGACCAUAUCAGCCAUGAUGACUGUGGCUACCGGACCACACCCUUGCAACCAAGUGGCCUUCAGUCCAAAUGGACAGGUGCUAGCGGUCGCAAGUAACAAUCAUGAGGUGAAGUUGGUGGAUGUGGCAUCUUCACAUGUGUCCAGUCUUUUGGGUCAUAAUGACACUGUUCAGAGUGUCAUUUUUGACCAUAAAGGAGAAAACCUAUUAUCUGCUGGAUAUAAUGGGGAAAUUUUAAUCUGGUCAAAAUAAACGGUAAAAUGGUAAA